GAUGCCAUAGCGGAUGUCCUCGUGUUUGAGCGCUUCACCUCUCGAGUUGCGUCUGUUAGUUGCGCCUAAACGCACGCUAACCUGUAUUUAGGUUGCCUGGUGUGUCAUAGUCCGAGAGUUUUACUCAUUUUGAUGGUAAACGGUGUCAAGCAAGACUUUUCAGGGCGUUACAACUUCACGCGCUAGAAGUGAGGCAACUCAGCUCCGCUCGUCCCGUUAUGCGGACUACACCCACUAUAGCUUCUCAACGGCUCAUCUCUCCUGAGAAAGAAGUAUUUCUACCAUCCUGUGACAGACUUAUCCUCUCAUCUGUUGGGCGUGAGGAGGAGAGGAAGCAAAAUGCCUAAACCGAUCAAUGUUCGCGUGACCACCAUGGACGCAGAGCUGGAGUUUGCCAUCCAGCCCAACACCACAGGAAAACAGCUCUUUGACCAGGUGGUGAAGACGGUGGGUCUGCGGGAGGUAUGGUUCUUUGGUCUGCAGUAUGUGGACAGUAAAGGUUACAGCACCUGGCUCAAACUCAACAAGAAGGUGACGCAGCAGGAUGUAAAGAAAGAAAAUCCUCUACAGUUCAAGUUCAGAGCCAAAUUCUUCCCUGAGGACGUAUCAGAGGAGCUGAUCCAGGAGAUCACUCAGAGACUCUUCUUUCUACAGGUGAAGGAGGCCAUCCUGAACGAUGAGAACUACUGUCCUCCAGAGACCGCCGUGCUGCUGGCGUCAUACGCCGUCCAAGCCAAGUAUGGAGACUACAUCAGAGAUGUUCACAAGCCGGGAUACCUGACCCAGGACAGACUCCUGCCUCAGAGAGUCCUGGAGCAGCACAAGCUGACGAAGGAGCAAUGGGAGGACAGGACACAGACGUGGCACGAGGAACACAAAGGAAUGCUCAGAGAGGACUCCAUGAUGGAGUACCUGAAAAUUGCCCAAGACUUAGAAAUGUAUGGAGUCAACUACUUUGAGAUCAAAAACAAGAAAGGCACACAGCUUUGGCUGGGCGUGGACGCCCUCGGCCUCAACAUCUACGAACACGAGGACAAACUGACACCAAAGAUCGGCUUCCCCUGGAGCGAGAUCCGAAACAUCUCCUUCAACGACAAGAAGUUUGUCAUCAAACCCAUCGACAAAAAAGCACCUGAUUUUGUGUUUUACGCCCCACGGCUGCGCAUCAAUAAGCGUAUUUUGGCGUUGUGCAUGGGUAACCACGAGUUAUACAUGAGGAGGAGGAAGCCCGACACCAUCGAGGUGCAGCAGAUGAAAGCUCAAGCUCGAGAAGAAAAACACCACAAGCAGAUGGAGAGAGCCCAGCUGGAGAAUGAAAAGAAGAAGCGAGAGCUCGCAGAGAAGGAGAAGGAGAAGAUGGAGCGUGAGAAGCAGGAGCUGAUGGAGCGGCUGCGGCAGAUUGAGGAGCAGACGAUGAAAGCCCAAAGAGAGCUGGAGGAGCAGACGCUCAAAGCCAUGCAGCUGGAGCAGGAGAGGAAGAGGUCACGAGAGGAGGCCGAGAGGCUGGAGAGGGAGAGACAAGCAGCCGAGGAGGCGAAAGCCGAGCUGGCCAGACAGGCUGCAGACCAGCAGAAGACCCAGGAGCAGCUGGCUGCUGAGCUGGCUGAAUUCACAGCAAAGAUCGUUCUUCUGGAAGACGCCAAGAGGAAGAAGGAGGAUGAGGCCACCGAGUGGCAGCACAAGGCUCUGUCUGCUCAGGAGGACCUGGAGAAGACCAAAGAGGAGCUGAAGACCGCCAUGACACCAGUGCUAGCACCUUUAGGGGGCCAGACCGAGCACGACGAGCAGGACGAGAACCACGUGGAGGCCAGCGAAGAGCUGUCCAACGAGGGCGUUAGCCAGCUGGACCUCCGCAGCGAGGAGGCGCGCGUCACCGAGGCUCAGAAGAAUGAGAGGGUGAAGCAGCAGCUGCAGACGUUAAGUUCUGAGUUGGCCGAGGCCAGAGACGAAACCAAGAAGACGCAGAACGACGUGCUGCACGCCGAGAACGUCAAAGCGGGCCGAGACAAAUACAAAACGCUGCGCCAAAUCCGCCAGGGCAACACCAAGCAGCGCAUCGACGAGUUCGAGUCCAUGUGAGCGCAGCGGCGCCUUGUUUUUGUUUUGCUUGUUUUAUGGAAGCCGUCAAGUUUCCUUCAACACAUCUGGUAAAAAUCUUACGCCAACUUUGCCUAACUCUUCUCAAGGGACGUGUGGAUGUCUUUCCGGAGCUGCGAACACGCCGCUCUGAGUAAUAACGAUGACGAAGAGACGAAAACCAAAAAACACACCUAGUUUUUGCUUGCUGUCCGUUAAAAACCGUAGAAGCUCCUCCUUCCUGUUUUUGUUAAUUAUGCAAAGCUUUAGCAACAGUUUUUUUUAUUUCCUUUACUUUUCUAUCGUUUUAGUGAUGACGCCCUUUUGUUGACGAAUGAGGACUGAGGAAUAAAUGAAGUCAGUGUCACGUGACGUGUCAGAACUUCUCACCUGCCAGGUGGUCGCGGGUUUAGGAACACGCUAACACCGCGGCGUUUUAACAGCUCCAUCACUGGUUGGUCAAGAGAAUUAUUUCUGCGAUCCCGCCCUUCUGAGGGGGAGGAGCCACUUGGUAAAGAUGCCGUUUUGACUCAUGAAUGUAGCAAAGGUAACAAAGGGAAGUCGUUAAGUCGGCUGGUGCCCUCGAGUCACAAGUAUUGUCAACAUGAGUUCACUAGUGCUGCUGUGGGUCUGUGCACGUGUUAUUUUCCUGUUCCCGCCACCACGGGUGGUUUUCUCCACCCAAGAAGUCCAAGGAACUCCCGGUUUGGCCCCAGGCCUGGCACCUCCCUACCUCAGGAAUCAAAGCAGAGGUGACUUGACGGUCCAACACUCAGGGUGCUCUCCCGGUAUUCCUACUAGGACCUCCCUACCUUAGAUCAUGCUCAUUUGCUCAUUUAAAGGAUUUUAAAUAAGGUUCCCAACUGAAGUGUGUGUGUGUGCGCGCGCGCGUGCGUGCGUGUUAAAAGGCCUUAAAUGUCCACCUCUGCUACAGGUUACAGACCUUUCUGACCUGUAUUGGAAGGAAUUACAGCUGAUAAUCUAACAGAAAUUAGGCCAAUUUCCCCUAAAAUCGACUAAAUCAACUUUGAGAGCGGAUGACAGAAUGACUAAAACUUUAAUGAUGUUGAAGAUUUGUUCAAAUGUGUAUUUUUAAGACUUAUUCUUGAAGUUUCUUUUCUUAACUAACCGCGUUUUUGACAGCUGGUGUAUUUUUUAUUAGGACGUUUUAACAAUGUGAAACAAGACAGGACAGCCUGCCUUUUGUGUUUAAACAUUAGUGAUGCUUUAGUUGGUGGCUUCAAACCUUCAGUUUCCAUUUUUCUUCUGAGCUAAAGUGUAGCGGUCCCGCGGUGAAGCCAUGACCUGUGGCGGUGCCGGUUCUGCCACCAGCUGUCAAAUUCUGCAUUUUUGUCUGUUUUUUUAUGUUCCUGUUAGAAUUCUUUAAUAUAGCAGAACAGUUGGAUUCUGGUCAAUGUCAUGGUCUCGCAAAUAAAAGGUUGAUAUUUUA